GCGCGCUUAUCUUCCAAAAGAAUAAUCCGUAGUAUUUUUACAAACCACUGUUGGUCUCUCAAAUGGAUUAUGAUCCACCUUUUUUAGAGACCUACAACACCCUUUUACAAGGUGCCAACAAUAUUAGUGACAUAAAUGAUCACAAAUCCUCUAUGGUACAAAAGUGUGAUGAGAUACCUCUAAUUGAUCUAAAACGUUUAAAACUUAGUCACCUUGAGAGAGAAGAAUGCAUGAAAGAAAUAAGUGAAGCAGCUAGAAAAUGGGGAUUUUUCCAAGUUGUGAAUCAUGGAGUUUCACAAGAGGUUCUAGAGAGGAUGCACUUUCAACAAAAGGAAGUGUUCCGAACAUCUUUUGUAAUUAAAUCACAAGAGAAUUUUUUGAACUUGCCUUCAAGAAGUUAUAGGUGGGGGAAUUCAUUUGCCACUAAUCCAAAGCAAUUCAUGUGGUCAGAAGCUUUGCACAUGUUUGUUCCUGAUCUUGCAAAGAUGAUCCAUCACCACAAAAGUUUAAGAUCAACAAUUGAAGACUUUGUAACAGUAGUUACUCCUUUGGCAGAGAAGUUGGUGGAAAUUCUAGCACAAGAGUUGAACAUAAAAUUCAAUUAUUUCCAAAAGAAUUGUUCAUCAAACACUUGUUAUCUUCGCCUCAAUAGAUAUCCACUAUGUCCAUUCCCUUCAAAGGUGAUUGGCUUUUUACCUCAUGCUGAUUCUAGUUUCCUUACUAUAGUACAUCAAGAUCAUAUUGGUGGGUUGCAAUUGAUGAAACAUGGAAAUUGGAUUCCUGUCAAACCUAAUUCUCAAGCUCUCAUUGUUAAUAUUGGUGAUUUGUUCCAGGCACUAAGCAAUGGGGUGUACAAGAGUGUUGAACAUCGAGUGAUUGCUGCUGAGAAAGUGGAAAGAUUUUCUAUGGCAUAUUUCUAUAGCCCUUCCAUUGAUGCUGUGAUAGAGAGCUAUGCCACGCCGCCAUUAUACAAGAAAUUUACUUUUGGAGAGUAUAAAGACCAAAUAAUGAAAGAUGUUAAGGAAGGUGGUGAUAAAGUGGGCCUAUCUAGGUUUCUCUUGUAGAGUAUUAAGACCAAAAAAAGUUGGCAUCCUCCACUCAUAUUUUGACAAGUUUUUCUUAUAUUAUGGGUUUUUUUCUUCUUGUUCAAUUAUGAUAUGUAUGUUUAAAGUACGUUCUAGUUUUGAUUUGGUAGGUUACCUUAAAGUUAUUGAGUGGUGGAGUGUGUUUGAUCUGAAGUUGUGUAAAUUAUUUGAAACGAUUAUAUUGUUAUCAAGGUCACCGUUCAUAAUUUAAGUGUUUGUGUAUCA